AUGUCGUCGUCGUCGUCGUCGCAGCUCGCCGUCCUUCUGCUUCUUGUCGUCAUGGUAAGUCGGAGGGCGGCACAUUUGUAUAUGUGCAUGACAAAUUUUAAUGGGUUUUUGCGAUCGGUCUUCUCUUUGUUUCGCGGGAGAACUGGAAGGGAGGGGUGUCUUAGCAAUUGGAAAGAUUCUGGAGCACAGAUAGGUCCAGAAGCGUCUGAUAGUUCACUAGAAAAUUCUAGAAGUCCACGUUACAUCCUUUCAAGCCCUAAAAGCACUCAAUUCUCUAUUUUUUCUGAAUAGCGCUGUCCAGAACGUGGUAAACAUAGAGCUACACAAAUCUGAAAGUUCAGCAGUUCAGCACGACCCGUUGUCUUUGUUUUCUAACUGGUGUCGGUUGAGAACAAAAUAAUUCUUGAACUUUCAAGACUUUUCCGUCAACUCAUUCUACUAGCCCUUUUCUAAGCCACAGAAAAAGAGAAAGAGCUAAUUAGUGUGGAGGGCAGAAAAGUGACAAAAAUGAGCGAGUCGAAUGUUUUUCUACGUGCUUUUCUCGGAAAACUACCAAACGAUGGUCCUGAAAGGGUGUUUGGCCGGCUAACUAACGAGCUAGAAGUUCCAUCUGAGUGGAAAGAAAUGUGACGAUCCUUCGGCUACGCGGGACGGGGUUCCGAUUUCGGCCCUGUAGCGCUGUUUUUUUCGGAAAAGUGACGUUUCAGUGUGAAUCUGUGAGAAACGGGGAAAAAUAAACACUUGACACUCAUAAGAUAUGAUGAGAAGAUCUGAAGAUGAAAAAUGAGAUGGUGGAAGCAAAGAUCCGUGAAAAGAAGGACAUUAGGGAAUUAGAAUUACGAGGGCGUUGAGAGGGGGUCAAGAAGCACAAACACAAAACAAUUUGCUAUCUCUUUUCUCUUUGGCCUCCCGAUAUUCCCCAAGGACUGUCAAGGGGUAGAAAGGCACGGAUUUUUUCCUGAAAAGAGAGAAAGAGAGAGAGAGAGCAUUUAGAAAGAGGACGAAGUUGAAUCAAAGUCCAUAACGUACUCAAUGACGUGGGGGUCAGUUGAAACUAGAGUACUAACUAGAGAAUACAUCUCCAAGAUGUUUAGAAACUUCUAGAGCCAUUUCUGCGCUCCAAGAAGAAUAACGAAACUUACUGAAACGCAUAAACUCUUGAUACUUACAAAAAACAUUGCAUUCUGUUCACGCAUGUCACGCACACUUCUUGACCCUAACGCUUACUAAAUAGUUGAGCUUGACACUUACAAACUUUUCAAACAAACCUACUAACUUGGACGAAACUCAGCCUGAGGGUCUUAGGACUUUAAAGAUUCUUCGGCCAGCUCCGUACUCAUUCAACACAAUUCGUACUCGCUCUGUUAUUAUAGGGGCACCGGACAGAAAGGGCGCGCUGUUCGAAAUCUGGCCGAAUUUCUAGGCCGCGAAGUAAUUUUCCACUGAAAAUGUGGCCUAACUUUUCAAACUCGGCCCCGAGGUCGCUCAAUUUGCACCGCAAAAAGAGUUUCUCAACAGAGCGCCAUUUCUGUGCCGUGCCCCCUAUAAUAUGUGUGCGCCGUUCAAGACACACACACACACACACACACGUGUCUAUCCUCAUUACCCGCCCGCCAAAAUUAACGGACGUCGUCGCUCUUUGCUUUUUCUUGCGCGUUCAUGGUUCCCACCGACAAUAAUACUUCCGUGUUUUUCCACGACUUUUCGCCCCGUAUUUUUUGGAAGACCCGUCUGUGUGUGUGUGUGUGCAAAAAUGCAGAAAAGAGGGGUCUGUGGAGAAAGAUGCCGUGAUUUUAUUAGAUUUAUAUCAGGAUGACGCCGUAGGCUUCUGGAAAAAAGUAUCCUUUUCCGGCAAGUGAAUACUUGUUCUCAUUGACGUCACGUCAAUCACAACUAAUACGACGUCUUCGAAGAUAAUCCUUUUGGAAAAAGUGAAAUUUUUCUGUUUAGUUUUUAGUUUUCCGCGAAAACUUUUUAGGCCACUAGUCAGAGGCGAGAUGGGAAAGUUUCUCGUGCGCUGGGGUGGUGACGCGAAAAAGUGGUGCGUCAAACUGAAUUUUCCAAUUACUAGCCAACGGAUGAUGGACAUACAUACACACAAACAUCGGAUCGAAUGUUUCUUCUUUUCUUUUUUCGGACAAAAUUAAUGUUAGGGGGUUUUGCAGGUGAGCCAGCAGGCGGAGAGUGCGGCAGUCCGUCUCCGUCCCGUCGGAUCGCUCUUCUUCCUGAAUCGACCCCAAGAGAAGCGCGCGUUCGAUUCGCUCGCCGGCAGCGGAUUCGACGGAUUCGACAAGAGAGCCUUUGACAGUUUGGCCGGAAGUGGCUUCGGAGCGUUCAACAAAAGAGCUUUCGACUCUUUGGUAAGUGCAAAAGAGGUUUGACCCGCCACUUUCGAGUGAGAAUCGGCAAUAAAUGCUUUAGUCGCCGGGUAAGGAGAAAAACUAGAAAAAAUCAAUAAUUUGCAGGCUGGAAGUGGAUUUGACGGAUUCAACAAACGAGCAUUCGACAGUCUGGCCGGGAGCGGCUUCGGAGCAUUCAACAAAAGAGCCUUUGACUCGCUGGCCGGAAGCGGAUUCGACGGUUUCAACAAGAGAGCCUUCGACACAGUGGUAAGACUGAUAAACUCCGAAUAUAUAAUCAAUUACACAUUUCAGAGCACAUCCGGCUUCGACGACUUCAAGUUGUAA